AGUUAACUGAAACAAGCUGAGUUACCUCAUCCCCACUGUUUCUCUCCCCCUCUCUCUCAUUUUGCAUUUUACAGAGUUUUUUGUAAAGGGACUGAUCUCUACAAUGAAGUUCAUGGUUAUUCUCACAAGGAUGCUGUUGGUGGUGGUGGCAGUGUUUUCAAUUACAACAACAAAUGCAAAUGUGGAAGGAGAUGCAUUAUAUGCACUAAGAAGAGCAGUAAAAGAUCCGGGCAAUGUUCUACAAAGUUGGGAUCCAACCUUAGUCAAUCCUUGUACUUGGUUUCAUGUUACUUGUAACAAAGAUGGCAGAGUUACUAGAUUAGAUUUGGGAAAUGCAAAGUUGUCUGGUAAUUUGGUUCCUGAGUUAGCGAAGCUUGAACACUUACAAUAUCUUGAGUUGUAUAAGAACAACUUGGUGGGGAGUAUACCAAAGGAGCUAGGAAAUGGAUUGAAAAACCUAGUGAGCUUGGAUCUUUACCACAAUAAUCUUACUGGUUCCAUUCCUACAUCUCUCUCCAAACUCUCUCAUCUCAGAUUCUUAAGACUGAAUGGAAACGGACUGACAGGAAGAAUACCUAGAGAUCUUACCAAGCUUGGCAACCUCAAGAGCUUAGAUGUCUCAGACAAUGACUUAUGUGGUACUAUUCCGACUACAGGGUCCUUCACCAAAUUCACCGAGAAGAGUUAUGAGAACAAUCCAAGACUAGAAGGGCCAGAGUUGAUGGGUUUUGUGAGAUAUGAUGUUGGCAACUGCAACUGAGAUUUAUCAUGGACUGCAUCAUCCAACUCCAUGACAUCAUUGACCUCAUCUUGCCUCACUACCAAAAUUGGCUCCAGUGUAGUUAUUGUAUUUGGCCUUUCAAAAAUGUAAUUUCCAUAAGUUGUUUAAUGUAUUUUCUCAUUAAAGAGAUAUAUUGUUGCCAUCAAGGUGUUAAUUCCA